AUGGUAGUCAAAGGAAAAGGUCGGUUUCCCGGUAGAAAGCCACCUAAGCGCCCAAACAAGCCUUCACCAACUCCACUCAUUGGUCGGAUCGCAUCAUUAACUCGGAUGCCCGCUAGAGAUCAGGCCCUCGAUUUGCUCCAUGAUCUUGCACGAAUGGCUGCCCCUAUAAUGAGUUGUUUCGGGUUCAAAGUGGGUGUGCUCUGCGAGAUGUUCCCUAAAAAUGGCCAACUACUUGGUCUUAAUGUUAAUUCCGGAUCCAAAAUUUGCAUAAGACUUAGGCCUCCUCAUAACAAAAAUUGGUUUCUCCCUAUGAACGAGUUGGUAGGUACCAUGCUUCACGAGUUGGCCCACAAUCAAUGUGGGCCCCACAACGAUAAAUUCUAUGAGAUUUUAGACAAAUUGAAGAAUAAAUACUAUGAGAUUCAAGCCAAAGGCUCCUAUCAAGCUACAGGUUACUUGAUGGAAAAUAAUAGAUUGGGUCGUGCUUCACUUUUAGGAAGCUCUUCCACUGUUAGAGAGGCCCGUCUCAAAAAACUCGGAAAGCCCAAAUAUGUGUCUAAAGUGACAAAACUUGGCACAUUAAGGACAACUAAAAAUAGUUCAAAGCCCAUCAGGCAACUUAUACUAGAGGCUACAGAGAGACGAGUAAAAGAUAACAAGACAUGUCCGUCUCAAAUGAAUCAGGACGAUAUAAACCAGGUGGUACCUCGGGACGAGGAACUCAACGUAGUUGAACUAGACGAAGAAGACGAUGACGAAAAGAAGGAUGGAAAUCCAGAUCUCAUUAUUAUAGACUAA